GAAUUUGGGACCAGGAAGAAGGCUAACUUUGACAUCCAGGUUGAGUUUCGUUUUCUGAAGAAUCCAGCUGACCUUUAGCCUUGAGACUGGAGCCUAGAAAUGGCUGCUGUGUUUUGCUGAUCUAGGAAGUAGUUAUUUCCAUGCCCAUGAUCAUGGCCUCAGUAGGGUAUUUGGUCCUGAGGGGCACAGUCCUCUUCUCUGUUGGCGUUUUCUUUGCUCUGGUUCUCAAUCUCCUUCAAGUCCAGCGCCAGGUCACAUUGUUUCCCCCGGAGGAGCUGGCUAGCCUUUUCUCAUCAGCAUGGUGGGUUCCGCCCAGCUGUGGAACUGCUGCAGCCAUUAUUGGCCUCUUGUAUCCCUGCCUCGACAACAAGUUAGGUGAGGUGCAUCGCUACAAGAGGGAGUGGUCCAGCGUCAUGAGAUGCGUGGCCGUCUUCGUUGGAAUCAACCAUGCCAGUGCUAAAAUCGACUUUGCUAACAACAUGCAGCUGUCCCUGUCACUGGCAGCCAUGUCUAUAGGCUUGUGGUGGCUGUUUGACAGAUCUCGAAGCGGAUUUGGUCUGGGCGUGGCCAUCGCCGUCAUAGCAACCUUUGUGACACAGCUUUUAGUUUAUAAUGGUGUUUACAGGUACACUGAGCCUGAUUUCCUUUAUGUUCGGUCAUGGUUACCGUGUAUAUUCUUCUCAGGAGGUGUAACAAUGGGAAAGAUCGGCCGACAGUUAGCCAUGUAUGACACUGAUGUAGAAAGGGAGAAAACUGACUGAAGCAAUUUCCUGGGAUAUCAUCUUAAUUUGAAUGGUAUGGGUAUUCAUUUACCAUGCUGGGUUUGAGAGUUUGUAUCCGAAACUACAGCUUCAUCUGUCGGAAUGGUUACACAGUGAUCUCAAAGGUGUGACGGAGUAAUGUCCCUUGAAUGACGCAGUGAUCUCCCCUGAUUGCUGGUUGUCAUAUGAGUAUGAUAGAAUGAGCAGCACAGUGAAUGGAAUGUCUGGAGGCAUUUGUUGUUGUCUUGCUCAGUACUUCAGUAUUACAUGUACCACGGACACAGACUGAAAAUGUGCAAUAUUUGCUGGAGCAUUGUUUCCAGUGGUGGUGUGUUUGAUGUGAAACAAUUUCUAAGAGAGAUCAAGGCUUUAUAAACUGAAAGACCUUUAUGUAAUCAUAUUUGUGUAUAUGACGGGAAAGAAGAUGUAUGUUUUAUCAGCGGAUCUCUGACAACAUAAGCCUGAUGUCAAGUGGAUUUGUCCGAAGACUGGAAGAUGUUCCUCUAGUUCCAGAAGCUUCUGGUUUAUCUUUUCUGUCAUGGUCCCUAAUAAAAAUUGUGUGCAGGCUGCAUAAAUGACUUCAAAAGGCAGAUAGAGCUGUCUUAUCAACACUGAAAACAUUAUUUGCAGUUACCCAGCUCAAAGUCUUCGGCAGAAAUUUCGCUAUGCAAAUGUAAGGAAGUUUGAUCUGAAACAGUUAUUUGUCAUUGCGGUAAACUGGUUCAGCCUUUUGCCUUGGGACUUAAUUUUGGCAAACCUCUGCUAACUGACAAUUUGUCUUCAUAGAACUGACCGCAGAUAUUUUGCACUGACUCAGUUUUACUGCAGCUGAUUUAUAAUUAAAUAAUCUGGUAAGGUGGUGGAAGAAAUCUCUCCACCUGAAGUCUUACAGUGACAUUGAACUGUGCUAGGAACAAAGGUGUAUCUGUGGCAAGAUGCAAUGAUAUUACAUGAACAAGUCUCUGUUAACGUGACUGUUGCUUAGACUGUGUACAUUGUAGAUUGAUUGUAAAUAUUGUAUGGACUUGUUUCUGACAAUGUACAGGCAAGUCUCUUUUUUUUUUUUUUUGUGAACUGUAACCACAAAGUUCUGAUGGACGCAUCCUUUCAAAGUUGUGAUUGAGAUAGAAGUACAUACACAUGUGGGCUUUCCCAUAGCUACAUCUAGCACAGGAAAUCAGCCAUUGUCACUCAUGUGGGUAAAGUUGCACUUGAGUAGUUGGUAAUGGUAGAAUUUACUCUUUAGUAAAAGCUUGGAACUACUUAGAUGUGACCUGUUACUAAAGUGUAUGUUUAAUCAGAGUCUGAGUACAAAUCCCCGGAUAUUGGACAAAUUCCAGACAAAUGAGUGCAGACAAACCUGGCUUAAAAUGUCUACCCUGUAACAUGAACAUCCCCUGAAGUUACAGGAAAAACAUGAAGUUGACCAAAGAACUAUGUUGACAAAAAAAAAGGAAGGGAAAAAACUGUACCGUCUAAAGCAGGGGAAUAUUUAUCAGCAGCCUCUUUGAAACAUUUGGGAUCAAGAGUGACAAUUUACACGUGCUGAUUCCAUGGAUGGAGGUGUGACUGGGCCUUUGUCAGAGGUGUGCAAAGGGAGAUAAUACAAUGGCAGUGAAGAGUUCUGCCCUUUGCUAGAUUAGACUGAAUGAUCACAUAGAUCUAAUAUAGUAAUAUACACAUAAUUAUGCAAUGGGAAGGUAAGUAGGAAUCUGUUAAGCUGCAGUGGUUUUCUCAAGCUUUGUUUUCUUUCCAAAUACACAUGUAGCCGGACUGGUAUUAUUCAGUAAUAUUUGCUUUUGAAAGAAAUACUUAUCUGUGAAAUAGAAAUACUUAUCUGUGAAAUAGAAAUACUGAGCAUAAUGUUGUUAAAUCUGCUUACCUUGCACAUGGUUGUGUAUGCUUAUUAUUCAUAGACAGGAUACCUCCUAUCCGUAUUUCAUUUGUGUAUGUACUGUAACUGUUAAACACAAAAUGCUCAUUUUUAACUUGCACUGUACAUGGAAAUAUGAAUAUUUAUUCAUUUCAAUUAAAAAUUGAUCAAAUUUAGGUAUUAUGUAUGAAAGAAAGACACAGAUGUUUUGUAUGAACUGCAGGAUGUGUGUGCAGAGGUAAAAAUGUUUGAUACUAUGAACUCUUCAGAGUGAUGACCUUGGAAACAGUCACAUGGAGAUGUCAGCUUAGGUCUCCUUUGUGGUGGCUUGAGCUUAAUUUGAUACUUGUGUUUUGAGUUCUUCAAAACGACUGAUUGGUUGAACAUUUUGAUCCCUUUUGUGUAUAAUGGCAUAAAGGUAUUUUGACAGUUUUUCUGGUUGACACAUUGUGGCAUAUUACUUGUGUAUGCAGUGGACCCCUGAAAUGAGAUGGUGUGUGUGCAGUGGACCCCUGAAAUGAGAUGGUGUGUGUGCAGUGGACCCCUGAAAUGAGAUGGUGUGUAUGCAGUGGAUCCCUGAAAUGAGAUGGUGUGUAUGCAGUGGACCCCUGAAAUGAGAUGGUGUGUAUGCAGUGGAUCCCUGAAAUGAGAUGGUGUGUAUGCAGUGGAUCCCUGAAAUGAGAUGGUGUGUAUGCAGUGGAUCCCUGAAAUGAGAUGGUGUGUGUGCAGUGGAUACAUUCAGAACAUUUAACCUAGAAGUGCUGAUAGAGAUCAAAUAUAUUGGAUGAUAGAAACCUUUGCAACUCAACUGACACAGUGAAGAAAAUGUCACAUUUUAUUGGUUACAUAUGUUUUCAUUUUUCACCCAUUUGAUACGCCCAAGAUCUCUAAAGUCUUGCAGUUUACCAAAAAUCUACAAUGGCGCUUAUCUUUUCACAGAACUUUUGGGAAUCAGUUUGCAAAAACUUCUCCUAAAUUUAUGUCACCAUACAUGAAUAACUUUUGCCAAAAGAAGUUAUUACGAAUUUGGAUUUACUUAGUUUUAUGAAAUCGUAACUGUGACUUUGUAUUUUAUUUGGUAGAAGACGGUUCCGUUGGGCGGCUUUGAUUGCAUGAUUGACAAAGAAAGAAAUUAACUUGCUAGGGAACAGAAUGUGUGUUUGCAUUGUUCUGUGUUAGGUUUGAGGAAACUGCCAAACUGAAGUUCUGUACUUGUAUAUGUGUGUUUUGUAUAGGGAAAAGACGUUUGGGUCCCAAGGUCAAACUCGGAACACAAAAAAAGAUCAGUUCAAAAACAGCAGGUAGUUAGAGGUGCUCAAAAUGGUUUGUAAUGCCAGGAACAUUGGUCUGUAAAGGGGGUCGAAUACUCGGCCACAAAUAAGGAAAACUGAUUUGUUUUCAUCUUGCAGUCUGUGAAUUUCCCGUUAAAAGCACUGAAUUGUAAGACCUGACGUUGCAGGAUUGUUUCUCUAAUAAAUACACGCUCUUGACAUUGAUGUCCAACACUCGUCUCACUCAUUACACUCGGUAAUGGGAGAAAGGUGAAGGUUGAAUACACAAGGGCUAUAGGAUAGUAAUGUACUUUUAUCAUUCUCAUUCAUGUGUGUCCAAUAUUUCUCAAAUACCAGAGUAACAGUUUGCCCCCUUCGACGAAAAAGUGAUAUAUAGUACCAAUAAAUAGCUCAUAUUUAUUUGUUUUACGAGAUAAGUGCAUAUUGGUAAUAUUCAUAAUUAA